AUGAAGUUUACGAUACUGGUGGCAUCGGUGGCUGUCGUCAUCUCGGCAGCACUGGCGCUGGACUUCGAAAGUCGAAAGUUGCAACCGGGCGCCGAUGGCAACGGGGCCAAUCUGCUGUCGGAGCUGGAGCAAACACCGGCCGAGGACCGCCAGUGGCAGGCGGUGAAGAAGCACGAGAAGCGUCAGACGGGCAAAAAGAUUCACAUCUUCCUCGGCAAGCCAAAGGGCAAAAAGUCGAAGAAGCACAGCGCGGCCUCCGACGGCGAACCGGAAACGCAGACGCGCAAAACGCCCGAGCUGACGACGCGCUCCGACAAGGGCGUGAUCGAUACGACCUCGGACGCACCGGAUGCGGCCGUGGGCGAGAGUCAGCACUACGAGGUGGGCGAGCACAAUAUUGUGAAGGAGAAGAUCAAGAUCAAGCACCACCACCACCAUCACCACCACAACCACGUGAAGACGGUGGUCAAGAAGGAGCCGUAUCCGGUCGAAAAGGUGGUCCAGGUACCGGUCGAAAAGAUCGUCCACGUGCCCAAGCCCUACCCGGUGGAAAAGGUCGUCGAAAAGGUGGUUCACGUGCCGGUCGAGAAGAUUGUGCAUGUCCCCAAACCGUACCCCGUCGAGAAGAUCGUCGAAAAGGUUGUCCACGUCCCGAAGCCGUAUCCGGUCGAGAAGAUCGUUGAAAAGCCCAUUCACGUGCCGAAACCGUACCCAGUGGAGGUCAAAGUUCCGUAUCCGGUCGAAAAGAUCGUACACGUCGACAAACCGUAUCCGGUGGAGAAGAUCGUCGAGAAAAUUGUCCACGUCCCGAAGCCAUAUCCGGUGUACAAGCAGGUCCAGGUGCCGUACGAGGUGAAAGUGCCGUACGAAGUCCCAAAGCCCGUGCCCUAUCCGGUGGAGAAGAAGGUCCCGUAUCCCGUGGAGGUCAAGGUACCGGUCGAAGUGGAAAAGAAAGUUCCGGUUCCGGUAAAGGUAGAGGUCGAAAAGAAAGUUCCAUAUCCGGUGAAGGUUUACAUUCCGCAGCCGUAUCCGGUGGAGAAGAAGGUUCCGUACCCGGUGCCAGUGAAAUCGGCCUCGUUCCCGUUCCCAUUCGACAAAGACAUCUCGAGCUACUCCAACACCCGAUUCCACUCGUUCGAUUCGCAGCAGCACGAAGAGCUAGCCGGAUCGGAGGACAACUACCGUCGCACCGCCAAGACUGGCUACAAGAAGGGCAAGGGUAAGAAGUCGAAGAAAACCGAUCAGCAACAGCACCAACAACAGCAGCAGCAGCAGCAGCAACACUCAUCGAGUGCUCCGGUCACGGAGGACAACAGCGAAGGACAGACGGGUAUGGGAGCGUCCUACUCGGCGGUCAACAACGGCGGGGACCACGGAGCACACUACACCCAGACGACGAUCUACCACAGCGGGCCCGGAUAUCAGUCCCAACAGCAGCAACAGCAGCAGCAGCAAUCCCUUCAACAACAGCACCAAGAUCAGCUACAGCAGCAGUACCAACAACAGCAGCUGCAACUACAGCAGCAGCAACAGCAACAACAGUAUGGAAACCAAGAUCAGACCACCUUCUUUAACCAGCAGCUGAUCCACUACGGCCAGCAGCCCAAGUACGGGCCAUCCACGUUCCCUAGCCAGUCGUCCCAAGGUGACGACUUCGGCGGUUCUCUGCCACAGUCAUCCGGACAGGACGCCCACCAGUACGGGCAGUACACUAGCUCCGACCACUACGGUUCCGGAUCGAACCACCAGGAGGUGAUCGUAACACCUCCGACCGGUGGUGCCGGCUCCGCCAUCGCACAUACCACCGGCUUCGGACACCAGCAGCCCUCCUACGGUCUCACCGCCCCAUCGAAUCCUGGCGGUGGUUUCGCGCUAGACUCGCAACCACAACCCUUCCAGCUGGUCCAGCUGGCACCGUUCCAGUACCAGACGCCCACCGGGUUCUCGCUGCCAACGGCCAGAUAG